AUGAGAACACAUUUGUGGAGAAUGCCUUAAAAUCCAUGACCCUCAACCACUAGCAGGACUUUUCCAGAGUCAAAUACAUCAAUGUCCAUGAACUACUGCAUAUGCAGUUUUAAAUCUUUAUUUGAUAAAUAGAUGUGUAAAUGUAAUCCCACCAUUUUUAUCUGAUACCCUUCACUGUCAACAAACAUCCAAGUCUUAUUGUUAGUCAUUCCCAUUGUCACAGCACGAUGAUGACCUCUUUCUCUCCUCUCUCUCUCAGUGACGGUGACAAGCUGUUGCUGUGUCCCUCUGGGCGACUCCCUCUCUUGUCUGCGCUCCUCUCUCCUCCCUCUCUCUCUCUCUCUCCCUCUCUCCACCUGUUGAUGCCAUUGUUGCUCAGCCAGCGUUGUGGACUUUUUUCUUUACUCCACUAAUUUUACACACCCCUCAUUUAUUCCUCACUUUUUUUCUUCAGCAGCCACCCUUUCACUCACAGCAUAUAUAAGCGGACAGAAGAGAGAGGGCAGUUGAGAAACGCACACAGACACUCACUCACUCACCAACACACAUUAAAACCCAAGCACUUUCAAGAGGGCAAGGAAGUUUGCACUAACUCUUUUACUUGGGACCAAGACUUCUGAGACACACUGCUGGCAGGAAGGAUGUCUGUGUCUCUGUGGUGUGAGGAGGUAGAGGGUCAGGACAGGACUCAGUCUUCGGUCCGAGCCCCAUGGGACCCCAGCGCCUCCGGACUGAGGGUUAUUCAGAGACUUCUGCAGUCAGAGGAGAGAUACCUGCCGUCUCCUCUCUACAUCUCUCUCAUCCAGAGAGAACCACAGCGCAGAGAGGAACUGGCCAAGUGGACCAUGGAGGUGUGCAGUGAAUGUGACUGUGAUGAGUCUGUAUUUCCCCUGGCUGUCUCUCUUCUGGAUCGAUAUCUGUCGUCCACUCUGUCCCUGCCUGUGUCUCCCUCCUGUCUGGCUGCAGCUUGUGUCCUGGUGGCUUCAAAACUGACCGAAACUGACACAGUUAGUGCAGAUACUCUCUGUGCGGCAGCAGAGUACCACUUUCUCUCAUCAAACCUGCGGGAAAUGGAGCGUGUGGUGCUGGCGACUCUGAGGUGGGAUGUGGCAGCAGUGACCCCUCAGGACUUUAUCCCACACUUCCUGCGCACUCUCAGGGAGCUCAGGGAUGGGGACGCGCGCACAGGAGACUUCGUCGCAACGCUGCGGCGCCACAGCAAUACACUUGUCGCCUUGUGUGUGUGUGACUCGCGCUUUCUGGGAACCCCUCCAUCACUGGUGGCUGCUGCUGCACUGAACUCUGCCCUGCGGGGUCUGAGGACCAAGAGUGCGGGAGAGAUGAGUGUCAUGACCUCUGCCCUGGCCACACUCUGUCAGACUGAUGUGGUGCUGCUGCAGUGCUGCACUGAGCAGAUAGAGGGCGCUCUCCGCGAGAGACUGAGGAGCGGAGCACAGCAGGAGAAAGACGAGAAUGAGGAUGAUGAUGAAGAGGAAAGAGCCAGCACACCCACAGACCUAAGAGAAAUAGACUUUUAAUACAGGGUUAAUUAAUUCAUGAGGGAUAUUUAUCGCGUCUCACUUUUAUUUAUCAGUAAAACUGAUUUAAACACAAUGUGACAUUUAUGUUUUUGUCUUAUGUAACUUCUGAAGUGAUCUAAUUUAUAAUAAUUUGUAUUUAUUUGUUUGCAAGAUUACGAUUUACGUGUGCCAUAUUUAUUAAGUUCUGUUGCCAUAACUGUAAUUGUGACUUCUUAUGCUUUUCAGGUUUACUCUUUUGAAUUUAUGUAUUCCAUACGUUUUGUAUUAUCGUGUUAUUUAUUGUGUGUGUGCACCUUUUUAUAUUUAAUUUAUUUCGUUUGUCAGUGUUUCAGCCUGUUUGUAAUCAAAGUGUUGGAUAAAAACAAAUAUCUAUUUUUAGAGGUAAAUUAAAAUAAAGUGUCUA